UACUAUAUAAUUAUUAUAAUUAUAUAUUACCUUCAGGUUUUAUUCAUUACGUGUGAAUUUAUGAUACCUACCUAUUAAGAUGGUUAAUGUCGUACAUCAUUGCAAUACUGCAAUAUUCAAUUAAUUAACACAACUAAUAGGUAAUUAAAAUUCCGUUGUGAAAUUACAGCCUGCAGGGCUAAUUUAAAGUAACUUUUAGUGAACUGUAUUUCUUGUUGAGAUUUUACAGAUAAAGAGAACAAUGAAUAAAAUGAAUAAUAAUAGCUAUUAUUUGAAGAGGAAAGACAUAACUGUGAUAUUUGUUAAUUUAUUGGUGCUGUCCCUAGUUAUAUAUAUUUAUCAUGUCGUUGACGAUUUGAAAACUAUGCUUUCAAACGAAAGGUUAUGCAUACUUAAAACAUCUUCAAAGACUGAUUUAACUGAUGGUGAUAUAAAUGAAAUUUAUUUUGACUUUUCCAAAAUGAAAAAUUUAAAUAUUAGACAUACCAGGUCGACCAAAUCUACAAAAUUUCAAAAUAUGUGCUUGUUCUACUUGGCUCAACCAAAUAUAGAUUUUGAACAAAAUGGUAGUAUCUUGGGACCAUGGAUUUUGUCGAAUAAAAGUUUACCAGUUGAUUCGUAUUCUCCUGUAAAAUUAACUUCAAGAAGAACUUUGAUAGAAAUAGUUGACCCAGGACUUUAUUUAGUUUAUAUACAGGUAUAUUAUUUGUCAUCUGCUAAGAAGAACAGUUUUUCUAUGACAAAAGUAACGGCUGAUUUAAAUGAAACACUGUCCGUUUGUAGUGCUGUGGGUGUUUCUGGAACAGAAAUCUCAUGUUUCACAUCUAUUGUAGAGUAUUUCAAACCAGGAGAAUCAAUUUUAAUUAGACUUAGAGAAAUGUCAACUGGUGUAAACCUCAACCGUAAAGCUUCUCACACUUACCUUGGCUUUACUAAGCUAUUGUAAUAAUUUCAUCUCUGUAAUACUGUGAUAAAAAUGCCUUUACUCUUUCAAAUUUUUUGAUAUAUAAUUUGAUUUAUAUUUAUAUUACUAUAUUAAUUUUUCCAAUAAACAGUAUUAUUUUAAUG